GCAGCUGACAUCAGCAAACACACACAGAGAACUGAGGAAUCCCAGCCUCAUCUGUGAUUCUGUCCGCUUUUCGGCUGCGCAAAAAAAAAAAAAAAAAAGCGCCAGUAGCGAUGGAAAUGGGAAGCAUUUCCACUGGCGCCCCGACCAGCUCCGUUUCUGCGCGGCACCAGCUCAAAUGUGCCGAAAAAGAAACGCACCUGCAGGAGAACAAUGACGGACAAUGCUCUGGUCUCUCCAAGGUCUGGCUGGCUUACAAACACGCGUCGCAGCAGCUGAGUUCGUCUGGAAUCAAAGCGGGCUUAGGUCUGCUUAAAGUAGCCACGUCUCAGUGGAAAGAGGAGAAGAAGACAGGCGGCGCAAAGAACAGCCAUCCCGCCAAGAGAUCCUCGUUGGAUCAGCUAACAGAUUUAGUCUUUCACGGCCCGACCCGUCGCAGCGGUCUGCAGCACCGACCGGACCCUCUUUACCUCACCAAGCCGCAGAACUGUAAACGCAUCGUAGUUCUCGGUGCGCCGCGGGUUGGUAAGACCGCCAUCCUCAGAAGAUACCUCCGGGACGGGUUUGUGGAGGAGUACAGUCCGACCUCUGAGGAUUUCCUUAGGAAGUUAUUUUGCAUCCGCGGGGAGACCUACCAAAUAGACAUCCUGGACGCGUCCAGGGAGAGGGAUUUCCCGGCCAAGCGGCGACUCUCCAUUCUCACUGGAGAUAUUUUCCUACUCGUCUUCAGCCUCGACGACAGGAGCUCUUUCGAGGAGGUGUGCAACCUGCGAGAGGAGAUUUUGGCCGCUAAAUCCAAGCUCACCAAGUCCUCGGUGCCGGGGCAUUGCGCACAGCCGCGGGUCCCGCUCGUGGUCUGCGCCAACAAAGCGGACCUUGACUCCCAGAGAGGGAUUUCACGCGCGGAAGUGCUCACAGCACUCGGCGGUGACUGCACGUAUUUUGAAACAUCUGCGAAGGACAGCACCAACCUCGACAAAGUCUUCGAGACCCUGGCGAAGCGGGGCGGCCUUCCGACGGAAACGGGUCCGUUUCAGCACCGCAAAGUGUCCCUCCGGUCGUACCAGGCCCUGCGGACGGACCGGGCGGCGUGGAAGGGUGGAAAGGUGGAGAGGCGAGAUGAUCCCUGUGGCACCCUGUACCCACUGGCCCGUCGGCCGAGCUUCACCACAGAUCUUCGGCAGAUCAUUGGGCCACGGAAGGGAACAAAACCGGGCCAAGGACUGGAGAAAUGUCAAAUUCAGUAAAGGACUGAGAGCGAUUACAUCAAACUCCAGUCCUCAAGGGCCGCAGUCCUGCAACUUUUAGAUGUGCCUCUGCUGCACCUCACCUGAAUAGAAUAAUUAGGUCAUUAAGGCUCUGGAGAACUGAUCUACACAAGGAGGAGGCAAUUAAGCCAUUUCAUUCCAGUGUUUUGUACCUGUGGCGCAAAAACUGCAGGACAGCGGCCCUGGAGGACUAGAGUUUGACACCUGUGGAUUACAACAACGCAUGAGCACUUUUCUUCUCGAAGAAAUGUCAAUAAAUGAUCACUUUGACUUUUUAAAAUCAAAAUGAUUAAAAAUAAAUAAAUUAUUUUUAAUAAAAUAAAGCGUGUUU